GGAGCCCCAGGGGCCCCUAGUCCGGCUCCCCACCCUGAAGACAAGCAAGAGCCUUAAAAUACAUUACUGGAGGCCUUCACCGAGGCGCCACCACACAGCGCAGCGCGGAGGAAGUGGAUUUCCAGCGGAAUACAUGACUGUGUGAUUUUAUGAAAAGUUAACUUGGCUCCCGUGCGGGGCGCGUGGGGGACAUCGUAGAGCACGGGCUCCUCCGCGAGCGCUUGCUGCCAGAUGCGUGUCGAGCGGAGCCGAGCGGUGUGAACAUGUCACUGUUGUAACAUGUUGUUUCAGUGUGACAUGUCCCGCUUCUGCGCUGCCUCACAGUGAAGAAGGAGGAACAGCAGCCACUAUUAAACAGCGGCCAGGCCAGGGAUGGAAGAGAAAGAGACGGGGGAGAGCGAGCCUGUGGACCUCCGGUGUGCCGAGCAGGCUGAGCUGCUCUCAUUAAUAAUAAGCGGGGAGGAGGAAGCGACGCGAGAGGAGAGUGACUUGGGAGAUGACGACAGUCUUGCCAACGGCCAUGAGGAGGAGUCAGAGGCCGGCAUGGUCACGCCUGUCGGGUCCCCAGGCACCAGCUACUGGAGCAUCACAGAGGGCCCGGACCAGCCCCCCCUGCUCUCCCCGGCCCCCGGGCCCUCCGGACGCAAACCCAGGGUCCAGAGAGCGUCGCGCCCGGGCCUGAGCCGCAUCCCCGGCCGAGACCACCGCCGCUACUACCACGAAUACUGGCGCAGCGAGUACCUGAUGGACUUUGACCCCCAGCGGCACGGGAUGAUCUGCAUGGUGUGCGGCAGCUCGCUGGCCACCCUGAAGCUCAGCACCAUCAAGAGGCACAUCCGACAGAAGCACCCGGACUCUCUGCUGUGGAGCUCCGCAGACAAGGAGGUCAUCCGCUCGGGCUGGGAGAGCCACUUGAGUCUGGGCGGGGGUCAUAGGGCAUUCAGUUCUGCUGCGGGACCCUCGCCUGAGGAAGAGGAGGAGCAGCUGGACUCAGACCAACACAGUGCCGCAGAACCCCUGGAGCCUUUGACCCCCCAGGAGCAGCCUCAACAACCCCCCAGUCUGUCUCCUGGCUCUGAUGAGGGUGAAGCCCCCCCGCCCCAGGAGGAGGAGCAGGAAGAGGAGGAGGGGGAGGAGCAGGACGGCCCCGGGCCCUCGGCCCAGACUCUGGAGCGCUACCUGAACGACUCGCUGCACGCCUGGUUCCGCCAGGAGUUCCUGAUGGAGUACGAGGCGGAGGCAGGCCGGCUGCUCUGCAUGGUGUGUGGGGGGGAGCUGCCCUCGCUACACCUGGACCACAUCAAGAGCCACGUGCUGGACACACACCCACACUCCCUGGUGUUCAGCUCCGAGGAGAAGCACUGCAUCCUGCAGGCCUGGGCCCAGGCUCACGAAGAGUCAGAAACCUCAAUCAAAUCAGAGCCGGACACCAAAGAGGGGGGGGUGGAGCUAUUUGCUCAGGAGGUGGGGGCCCUGCAGCUCCACACGGACCUGUACCCCGAAGGCGACGGCACUUUAACUCAGGACACUUGUCUCAUCGGUGAGGACGGGGGGGUAGGAGCUCCUCAGCAGGGACCCCCGCCCCCCCGGCAGCCCAGGAAGAGGCGGCUGCGCAUGGGGGACCCGUGGCGGCUCCGCCUGGACUACCUGGUGGCCUAUGGGCCCCCGGGCCGGGGCACCUACUGCAUGGUGUGCUCUCAGGUGCUGCAGGAGAUCAAGGUGAGCAGCUUUCGCAGACACAUCCAGGAGUGUCACCCCGAGACCACCACCCUGAGCCGGGGGGAGAGGGAGGCCAUGGCCGCCGCCUGGACCAAAGACUACCCCAGCGAGGGCUCGCACAUUCAGAACGAAACCCCCCCGAGUGAAGCUGAGGUCCUGAACCCCCCGGGAGAGACGGACGAGGACAGCCCCCCCGAUGUCAGGACGCACGGCAAAGUGAUAAAGAAGGAGGAGGGCGUGAGCGCAGCCAAGAGUAAACCCAGGGAGGAGGGCGCCGCGGGCCCCCCUCCACGUCACAGCCACUACCCCGGCAAGGACCAGCGCAGGAACUACCAGGUGCGCUGGAGGCGGGACUUUCUGAUGGACUACGACUGCCGGAGACACGGCCUCACCUGCAUGGUGUGCGGCGCCACGCUGGCCACGCUGAAGGUCAGCACCAUCAAGAGGCACGUGCAGCAGGUGCACCCCCACUCCCUGUUCUACAGCGCCCAGGAGAGGCAGCAGGCCCUGCUUAGCUACAGCCAGACGGCCCCCAGCUUCACACACUCAGAGGACUGCUGCUCCCCCCAGGACCACGGCCCCACUCAGCCGGCCCCCGCCACAGCACACUCUGGCACUUAGAAAGGGCCUCCGUCCGUCGCUACUCGCGUGGCCCCUGGUCAGAAACAGCCCUCCCUCUUCUUUUUAACCCUGCUGUCGUGUUCGUUCCCUUACUUUGGUGUUCCUGGUCAAAUGGGACCUGUCUGCUUUAACUGCACUUACAUUAACACAAAAACUUACCACCAAAUUGUAUUUAACACCCUAUUAAUCUUUAAACAAUGUCUCAGACAGGUUUACAUGAAUAACUGCAGUGAGUAUACAAAGAAUAGACAGUGAAAAUGUAUUCCAAAAUCAACAUGGUUGUUGAUUUGUGGAGUGUACUCUGAUGGAUGAACAUCAUCUAGGGUUAUCCAUUCAUUUCCUAUGGGGCUCCUUUUUGAACCGCAACAUCAAAGUUGACUAAACCACUCAAAACUCGAUGAAAGUGGUGAUCAGAAUUGAUUGAUGAAAGGAGUAGAAUGGUCAGAUUUGACCCAAACACACAGAGAAAUGUGUUUUUUGUCGAACAGGGUUUUAUUCUAUUCUUGCUUUGGUCCUAAUCUCUACUUUGCAGGUGCAGAGUAAAGCGUUUUGGAAAAUGGACAAAAUCUGAGAAUAACACUAAGGUUGACAAAUACUGCAAUUGUCCCUUUUUCCCCCUUCUUUCAAAAUGUUGGUACUAAAGGGGCAGGUAGGAAAUGUCACAACCUUAAAAUAUCACAACCUUAAUGUCAUGGCCUAAAAAAAGAAAGUCCGGUUCAGCUCUAUGUGAACCUUUUUAGAUUUAGUAAUAAAUUAUAAUACAAAUGAUGUAACAAAAACCCUUUCUCACGCCAGAAGCUAGAUGAACCCUCUAAAUGUGUGCCCAAAAUGAUGGUAAACCUUUCAAAAGGAGCUGGGUAAUUAUCCCAGCAGAGGAAAGAACAGCAAGGGGGAACCAAGAUUGAACAUGACCAGCACUCACCUGCCUAGUGAUGUAGGAGAGCCCAGAGUCAAAUAAGGUCAAUCAUUUGUACUCAAAUAACCUGACAGAUUACACAUGGCAUCUGAUUAAGAAAACAGUUGACCUCCGCUACUAGUACAAAUCACAUGAAAUCUGAAGGCCUGCGGUCAAAUAGACACAAAUAAAUGUUUUUUUCUUGGCCUGAUGGCAUUUACCAUCAAGCUCAAGAAGAAAUGUGAAAGAGAAUUCAUAAAAACUUAAUAAAUGAGGCAAAGACAGAGCGGUGUUCAGAGGCACUGACAUUAGCCUACAUGCUAAUGUGACAGCUGUAUGUUGGUUAGCAUUUAGAGGAUUCAAACCGCUCUUAUCAUGGCUUCCACUCAGAUACAUCCGGGGAAAUUCCAUUUGGAACCUUCCUAAGCAAAAACCAUUUAACCGCGGCCCACACUUUGUGACGUGCUAAUUUUUGGCGCUAUUGUGGCCGGCUAGCGUUAGCAUGUUAAUGGGUAGCCAUCAUGCUAGCAGUUAACUCACCAGGUACAGUUUAUCACCCACUCGCCCCGCAAUAAGUCACUUUUCAACCAAUCCAUUAGUAAAUCUGCUGGGUGAUUUAGUGCUAAAUGAACUGUGGUGAGUUUAAACACCAACAGCCAAGUUCCUUUUGAUUUCCCACUAAUAGGAAAAAGGGGCUUAAGGAAUUCAAACUCCUGUUAGUAUUUAAUAUUAAUAGUUCAUAUUUUCUUCCUACAAAUUGGCUUAUUUGAAGUCAUGGUACAUGCUUACUACCUAAUAGAAUGUUCCAGGGCUUGUUUCUGGUCAGGGCCUGAGUCUCAGGAAGUUGAAAAGUCUUCGGUGAGGCCGAGGUGAGUUGGUUUUAUGAUGAUGUGUCUGAAGACAACACAGCACUUUGUCCCCAAAAAUGUACUUAACCGCAGCUGUCCUGUCCAGCUGAAUGAGACUCUGAUGUUAUUGCUGAAGACAAUGAAUGCCAGCGUGCAGUCGCUCUAUUUAAUUCCUUUUUUACAGUGGAGGAGACCCUGUCUCUCAUCGUUAUGAGAUAUGUUAUCUCUCCGUCAGUCACCGGCCUGCAUCUUACCAUCAUCUACUAGCUAAAACUGCACAAAAAAAGGAUAUGUAAAUAUAUGAAAAAAUCGAGUUAUUUUUCCUUUAUACAAGCACUUUUAUGCACCCUGGUUUCUACGAAGCGUGUUGGUUAUUAUGUCCAGUUUUUCUACUUCAAUCGUGAUUCAACAAAGACUUUGUCCUCUGACGGCUGGAGAGUGUUUCUUGGACUUUCACUUUGGUACUGCUUUAUUUUACCUUUCACUGUACAACAUGUAUGCAACAGACGAUGUUGAGGAAUAAUUUCAGCUGUCAAAGAAAGAAAAGUCAUAAAAUGUCACAUCUUCACCUGGAAAAUGUAACUCAGGGAUUCUGUUUUCAUCAACAACCAUUUCAUCCGUUAUCUUUUAGAGGCGUGAUACGUGUCAGCUUUGGUUGUCUAGGUGAUGCUAUGAAGACAGCAGAGUAGUAGGGCUACUGUUAAAGCAAACCAGGAAGUGGAAUUCUAUUAUAUUUGAGAAAGUCUGAAUUUAGAAAAUAAAUUAUAUAAUAUAAGAAAUGUGUUGUAUUUUGAGAAAAAUAUAAUAUUAAAAGAAAUAAUAUAAUUAAUGUAAUAUGUGUAAUGUCAGAAGAGAAUCUGAAUUUGGAGGUAAAAGUCAUGUUACAAUUAAACAAAAGACUUAUAAUAUCAAGCUAAACAAGUCAUAUUUUGAGGGAAAAGACUACAUAUUUUUACACUUCAUUGUUUUCUUAAUUCUUCUCUUAACAGUGCCCUUAAUACUCUGGUGUUGACAGAAUUUGCUCAGUUGAAGCUUUUGAUCAUGACGUGAUAAUGAAGGACUCUGACAGAGAGACACUGUCAGAUCUCAGUCCAAUGUUCCACUUUGGCUAAGAAUAGCCCCCCCUGUCACUCUGGAAGAGUUCUGAUAUAGCACUUAAUUAUUUAAAAAAUGAAGUAACAGUGAAAUGAAUGUGUGUGUGUGUGUGUGUGUGUGUGUGUGUGUGUGUGUGUGUGUGUGU